AUGUCGAGAUAUGGGCAUCAGAAAGUGGCGGAGCAGGCAAGCAUGAAGUGCGAGACCGUCGGGACGACGAGCGGGAGACAAAGAGUAGGAUGGACGGGGAGAUACCAGAACCCUAACUCGAAAGUGGCGCUACAGAGGGCAAAACAGAUCCACCCCAUUCUCGAAAUCCCUAUCUUCUUCCCUCGCGGCCCGCAAAUCAAAAGAGAUCCAAUCCAUUCUCAAAAUCAUCGCAGAAAAGUGGUGAAUCUGAUUGAGGAGGCGAUGAAUGAAGCAAAUCUACUUGCACAUCGUUUCAUGACCUUGUGCCGGUGA